AUGACUACCGCCGGUGUGAUAAACAGUUCAAUCGACAAUUUAAAUACUGAAAAGCCAGGCUUUUCCCACGUCUCUAUAGAAAGGGUGGAAAAUGCCACACCCAUUGCGACAUCGCCUGUCACCGACACGAAUGACACCGCAUCAACAGCCCAGAAAGACGGACCAGAUGUAGACGAGACAUCUCCUUACCACAAUCCUCGUCUUCAAUUAAUUGACAAAUUUGUUGACGAACCUCGUCCAUUGAGAGUUGGUGUUAUCGGCGCUGGCUUGGCUGGUAUCACAGCGGGGAUUCUUCUUCCGGCCAAAGUACCCGGUAUCAAGCUUUCCAUUUACGAGAAGAACGCCGAUGUCGCUGGAACGUGGUUCGAAAACGUCUAUCCCGGCGUAAGAUGCGACAUUGCAUCGCAUGUCUACCAGAGCACCUUCGCGCCAAAGACAGACUGGUCAGAUCGAUACGCGCCCGGCCACGAGAUUCGCGAAUACUGGCAAUCGGUCGCUCGGAAAUUCGACGUGUACAAGUACGUCAAGCUCAAUACCAGAGUCGAGGGCACAACCUGGGAUGACAAGGAGGGUGUUUGGGUCACCAAGUUGCGCAAUGUACAAACUGGCGAAGAGACGGUCGAGAAGAACGAGUUUCUCUUGACCAGUGUUGGUCGAUUCAACGCCUGGAAAUUACCCGACUACCCAGGGAUAUCCGAGUACAAAGGCCAUCUCCGACAUGCCUCCAAUUGGAGCACGGAUUUUGAUCCCAAGGACAAGACAGUGGCUGUAAUUGGCAAUGGAGCCAGCGGUAUCCAAGUCACAGCCAAUUUACAACCCAUCGUCAAGCGCCUAGACCACUACGCGAGGAACAAGACCUGGAUAGCAGCGUCUUGGGCGGGAGAAGAGCGGAAAAUAGAGGCUCAGCCUUAUACUGAAGAGCAGAAGAAGAAAUGGGCAGAGGAUCCCGAUGCGUACCUGGCUUUCCGAAAAGAUCUCGAGGGCCUGUAUUGGACCAGAUUCGACUCGUUCUUCCGAAACAGCGAGUCUAACCAAAAGCUUCGCGAAGCCUUUAUCGACAUCAUGAAGAAGCGGCUGGCCAAGAAACCUGAGCUUCUUGAACAUAUCGUGCCAGACUUCUCGCCAAACUGUCGCCGUCUCACGCCGGGGCCGGGAUAUCUUGAGGCCAUCACCGAAGAUAACGUGGAGUACAUCCGCACACGAAUUAAGCGUUUUACGGAAACUGGCAUUGAGACUGAGGAUGGCGAGACACGAGAUGUCGAUGCUGUUAUUUGUGCAACGGGCGCCAACGUCGAUAUGGUUCCUGCGUUCCCCAUCCGCGCACAUGGACAGGAACUCGGGGAUCUGUGGAAAGCAGACGGUGUCUACGGUUACCCUUAUACGUACUUUGGCUUAGCAACACCUGAUUUCCCCAAUCUUCUCUUCGUCCACGGGCCCCAAGCCACAGGUCCAUCAGGCACAGUCCCGCACAGCGUCGAGACGCAAUUGACAUACUUCUCCAAAGUGCUUCGCAAGGCAUCACGAGAGGGCAUCAAGUCCAUCAGUCCCUCCAAGGGAGCAGCGGAUGACUUCGUGGAGUACUCAGACGCCUUCUUCGCCAAGACUGUACUCACUGAUCGGUGCAGCUCGUGGUACAACGGCGGCAGACCGGGUGCAAGGAUUCACGGCCUCUGGCCCGGCAGCGCGGGACAUAUCACGGCAGUUCGGCAAACACCGCGAUGGGAGGACUGGGAGUAUACGUAUCUCGGGGAGUCCAAGAACCGGUUUGCGCAUUAUCUGGGGAAUGGGUGGACCAGGAGGGAGACUAAUGCUGAGGCGGAUCAGACGCCGUAUCUCAAGAGGCCGGAGGAGAUAGAUCUGAGGGAUAUUCAUGAGACAUGGUGGAGCAAUCCGUAG